CGCAAACCUUCAAUCUCAAGACCUCUUUCAAGCUCUCUGCCGUCGAAACCCUAACCCUAGUUUCAAAAAAAAAUCUAGGGCGCCAGAGAUAUCUCCACUCGGGUUCUUUAGAUCUUUACUAGGUCUAUUAAACCCGCCGAUUUCAACUCUAAUCUUUAGGUUUUGGGGUAUUUUUGCCUCUCAUAUCCUUUCGAUUCGAUCUUGAGGGAACAAUCGAGGAUGUCUCGGUGCUUUCCGUACCCUCCUCCUGGUUAUAGUAGGAACGGAGCUACAUAUGAGGCCUUGAUCGAAUCGAUUAAGCUCCAGAAGGAAACUGAUAAGGCCAAGGCAGAAAGGAAGAAACAAAAGAGAGCAAAGAAAGACAAGAAGGAAAAAGAAAAAAGAAAGGAUGAAGAGAAGGGGAAGUUACAGAAGAACCCAAAUGAAUAUCAGCAUGAUGCUUGUAAAGUGUUACAGAGUUCAGUUGGUUCCAAAGAAGCCCAUAACAAGAGAACAGAGCCUACCGUUGAACUAUUGGAAAAGAGUGAUCUGACAGAAGAGCAUGGUCAGCCUAUCAGUUCGCACAAACCAAGCUAUUCAUCUGAUAGCACACAAAAUAGCAACAAAAGGAAAAGAGAUGAUGCUAUUGUACCUGAUGGCACCGGUGGUCAUGGGAAACCAAUCAAGAUCCGAUUACUAAAGAAGCAGAAAGGACCUGAUUCCAGCAAAGAAACUUUAUGCUCUAAUUCCGGAAGAACUGAUCCACAGUCUCUCGCUGGUGCAGAUGCCAGAUUGAACACUUGGAAAAUUUCAACUUCACGGAACACCAAUCCACCUAAGCCAUCUACUUCCAACCUUGUUAAUGGACUUCGCUGUGAAGAUAGAACACCGUUGGUUUCGGGUAAUAGAAACACUGGAGUCCCAGCAACAUCCGGUAGAGAAAACAUUGCAGUUCACCGGAAUCUGAAUCUGGGUCAAACAAAGUCAACUUGGAGUUCUGAAAACCCUGAAACAAAAAAUAACGAUCUACAAGGGCUUCGGUUUAGUAGAAAACCGUCACCGUCACUUCCAAGUUCUGGAAGACCGAUUCUGCCUUCAAGUCAGUUGAAACAUGAGAUUCCAAGUUCAGUUUUAAACAAGACUGGGAUACCAGUUCCAUCACGAUCAAGCAAGAGUGACGUAGAUGUGCCUCAUCCAAGCAGACAACAGCCAAUUCCAAGCCAUGGAAGAUCGGUUCCACCUCAAAUUCAUUUGAAACACGAGCUACCACCAAAUCCCACUUUAAGUGUGCCACCUCCAUCUUUACAAGGGUUUCAUUCCGGUAGAGAUGAACAGUCAACUCCAAGUUCUGGAAUGUCAGUUCGGCCUACAGGAAAAAGGUCCAUUAGUGAAAUCACAGUCCCUGUUAACAGCAGCAAAGAACAGAAAGUGGAACCUACACGAUUUGAGAAAAAAUUGCAGAAGAAGCACUCGAAAUAUGAAAAGCUGAUAGGAAGUUGGAUCCCUGCAGUUCUUGAAGUUCCGCCACCAGUUGACGAUGAUCAAGAUUGGCUGUCGAGAAGUGAGAAAAAGGGCAGCAGAUCAAGCACCAGCAGGGCUGAUGUUGAUACGUGCCAUGAAUCAGCAGCGUGCUUGUGGCAGCCAUGUGCGCGGUUCUUGGCCGAGGUUGAUAUACACGCGUUGCCAUAUACUGUUCCUUUCUGAUUGAUUUACACUACCUAAGAUGUGCAUAGUUUUCGGAUUGGUAGGCGAUAACAUAAUGGGAGUAGAAAAGGGUUUUUUUUUUUUUGUAAUUUGAUGAAGAGGAAGAAACGAAUGAGGGUAUAAAGGAGCUUGAAAAGGCUAAAAAGAGUUCCAUUGAUCUUAUUAUGAGAUGUAAUUUGUUAUAGAAAGUUGAAACAUAUUUGAUCUUGUGGAUGA